AUGGCAUCCGUUUCUCCGCCGCAUCCAUCCCCCGACCCCGAGGAUCUACCUGUUGUGUCAGGCUCGGAGCGCAAUAACAGCAUAUCGGAUACCUCUCCGUCCGGUAGCACAACAAUGAUCGAUAACCCUCACCGAAGAUCGAUCCAGUUCAACAUACAGAAUCCCGAGUCGCAGCCUCCGUCUCGGCCUGCUAGCACGACCGGGCGCAAGAACUCUCAGCCGGAAUCUAUCCAUGAAAAGGAUCCCAAAGUUCCUGGACGCGGCAUCUCACCGCCGCCUCCUCGGACCUACGAACGAGGAGUUUCAUUUGACACCUUCGAUAACCCAGAUGCACCCGACUUCUCUCUUACACUGAACUACAAACACAAGGGCUACCAGCUCACCCGUCGCAGUCGCACAUUCUUGUGUGGUACCGACCAGAAUGAAUACUCCGACUUCGCACUGGAAUGGCUUAUGGACGAAUUGGUGGAUGAUGGCGACGAGAUUGUCUGCCUUCGAGUCGUAGAAAAAGACUCCAGUAUGACGACUGAUGCUGCAGUUGAGGCUGGGAAAUACCGCCAAGAGGCAGAGCGGCUUUUUGAGCAGGUGAUUCAGAAGAAUAGCCAGAACGAAAAGGCAAUCAGUUUGGUGUUGGAAUUGGCGGUUGGAAAGGUCCAGGACAUUAUCCAGCGCAUGAUCAAAAUAUACGAGCCCGCUGUCCUGAUUGUCGGUACCAGAGGCAAAAACCUAAGUGGUGUACAGGGCUUACUUCCUGGUUCGGUUUCGAAAUACUGUUUACAAAGAUCUCCAAUUCCUGUGAUUGUCGUACGGCCGUCCACGAAGCGCGAGAAGAAGAAGAAGAAACGUCUCGCAGAUCCAACCAGACGCAGCUACAACCAUAUCCUAGAGCUGAGCGAGCAACGAGGUAGCCAUAUAUUCUCCGCUCCGUCGAGCAGGAACAGCAGCGUUGCGAAACUUCCAGACGAAGAGGCUGCUGUAGCGGCUGCUCUUGGUCUACCCCAAUCCUAUAGCGCCUCGCGAACAUCGCUUUCGACAUCCGAGAGGAGCAGCGUCAGCCAGGAAGCUUCAAUGACUCCCAUGGCUGAUUCACUUGAUUCUAUCAAUAAAACUCUCGCGAGAGACCUCUCAAUAUCUUCCGACGAAACCAAGCUAGAUUCCGCGUCUUCGACGCUGGCUGAGGCUGAGGCUCAUGAUGGGAGGUUACGGGAAGACAUAUCCCCUGCACCUUCGCCAGCAGACGAAAUACCUAGCUCAGAUGAUGCGACACCAGAGCCUUCUAGCCCUGAAACUCGCAUUCCUGUCAUUGUGACAGACGAUAUUUCCCCCGAUCCUCGGGGCAAGCGCCGCUCCCUUUGA